AUGUACGAGGUUAAGGAUACAAAUGUCAUCUUUGUGUUCAAGUUCAGAACACACUUUGGUGGUGGCAAAUCCACUGGCUUUGGCUUGAUUUAUGAUUCUGUAGAAAAUGCUAAGAAAUUUGAGCCAAAAUACAGACUAAUCAGGAAUGGCCUUGACACCAAGAUUGAGAAGUCAAGGAAGCAAAUGAAAGAACGCAAGAACAGAGCGAAGAAGAUCCGUGGUGUGAUUAAGGCUGGAGAUGCUGCCAAGACUGGAAAGAAGAAAUAA